AUGGAUACGCUAAGGAACAUUCGCUUGCUAUUUUACGUUUGGGUUGCUCUUCUACUUCACGAAUCUACUGCAGAGACAUUCAUUGACGAGGAAGCCUCAUUUCUCCAAUGUAAAAAGUGGGACAUGUCCGUAAAUCGAGCGCUAAGAUUUCGGUUUAAGACUUUUCUGUCCAACGCGCUUCUUCUGUACAUGGAUGACCAAGGAAAGACAAAUUUUUUGCGCGUUGAAUUGAGCUAUGGAAAGCUCUUGUUAACCGUUAAACACGGAUCGAGAUAUAAAGCAAUGUCGGUGGACGUCGGGGAAAAUUUGAACGAUUUACUGUGGCAUCAAGUGCUGUUAGAGAGAAGCAAAGGGAAGAUGACAGUCACACUGGAUCGCAGUGAGAUCAGCUUUACUAGCAGCCGCGAAAAGACAAGCUUUACGAUUAUAAGCCCGAUAUAUUUUGGCGGACUGCCGCCCGGACUGAACAGCGUAACUGAGCCAUCGGUUAAACUUUUGAAUAGAUUUGUAGGAUGUGUUAUGGAUAUGGAGAUGCUUGAGGACACGGCUGGGCAAGGGAAAAUAACCAAGGCGGUCGUGGAGAGCUCGAACAAAGUAGCUGCUGGAUGCACUAACAUGUGCCAUGAAAAUAACAGAUGCCAAAACAACGGCAGAUGUUUGAACAAAUUCACCGCAACUGCUUGCGAUUGCACGGCUACAGGAUUCAGAGGGAGAACUUGCGAUGAAGGUAUCUAGUCUCAAUCCCUAAUCUAGACAAUAUUUAUCUAUACAGUAAGACAAUGGACACCCAAUUACAAAUACAUUACAGCCUCGAAGUUCGUCGAUAAGACGAACCAAAUAACGAAGUGCUCGAUAUAACGAAAGAUUUGCUUUGCCCCAGUAAUAGUAAAAUAUAUAAAAAAUAACCUCGAUAUAACGCUAGCGAACAUACGCAUUUUGCCAGUCCCUUGGCCGUAACGUUAUAUCGAGGUUUCACUCGCCUUCACUAGUAACAAGAAACCCCUGGGAUAACAACUGCAAACAGUGUUGCGUUUCCUUCGGUUGUUUCUUAGGGCUGUCCUGCUUUGUGAUUUAGCUUGAGAGUACAGCCACCUUUCAUCGCUUUCCGCCUGUAACUAUUCGUCAUGGUGAAAUCACAAAAUAAGAAUCAAUUAUCACUUUCCAGUUUCAUUAGUUGAUGGUUUUCAACGUUAACUGAAGCGUUCGGAUGCAUUGAACUUUUAAAAAACGUACUAAUUAUCUCAACUGAACGAUCUAUAGUCGAUCUACGGAAGAAACAUUAUGAUGUACUAUGGUUGCGCCCAGAUCGCGUUUCAGUAUUAUUUCAUAAGCUAUAACUGCAUGUAAAGACUCUUGCAUAACCACUAAUAACCUCGAAAUUUUUAAAAGGGAGAAUUUUCACUUCGACCGUAUUUCCGGAACAACUCCUUCAGCCAUUAAUCGUGGCGCAUGACGCGACGAUACAGUUCAGAUUCAUGAAGCUUUGACAUUGCUACUUUGCAAUGACAGCUUUAAUUUUGGACAAAGUAAAAAAAUUGUAAAAGAAAAACUGAAAGAUAAAAACUGACAAAUAUUAUAACAUGUGUGACGAGAGAAUAGUGACUUGUGAUGUUUAUUCGACCUCACAAGCUGCGAAUUAUCAGUGCAAAGUUCGAUUUUCGGAUGUUCACCGCUAACUUACCAACCAGAUUAUAUCUUUUUGUGAUGGGAAAUUCAGUUUACUUCCUCACUAGAUACAUUCUAGUAUGAUAGAGACCUGGCCGGAAGCCAAGAUAAUACAAAUUAAUUUGUUUCCACGCUACAAUAGAAACAGACGAUUAGAAAAUCACGCCACUCUAAUAGCUUCCAUGUCUUAUUUUGAUACCUCAAAAAAAUUCAUCACUUCAACACAGAGUCGUUCAUAAGCCCCCAAAGAUUUGAUUAUCUGUUUUACAUUGCUAAGUCAAGCCCUCAACGUUGUGCAGUUGAUUUUUAAAAGUACUACCGUAAGAUAAAACAUUGAAACUUCUGAAAACGGUAGUAACAAGUCAAGUCAAGUCAAAACGGUAGUAACAAGUCAAGAGAAGAUUGAGUAAAUGCGGUAAAACUAAAAGGCUACUUGAUGAAAACUCUUCCGGUCAUCUUGUCUCAUUUAUUUGUUGUUGUUUUUUUUUUAACACUAAGACAGACAGCCCUGGCUGCUUCAAGAAAACUCGUGGCUUUGUUAGGCUUAGUUCAACAACGUAAAUCCAGCGGAGCUUGUCCCAAGCGAACUCACCGCUGAAAAAAGUCAGUGGAAGCAGGGUCGUAAAAAGUCUACACAAAAACCACGGUCACAUAAAAAUACUCUAGAAAAAAAAAUGCACUGUAUGUAUCGAUCAGCAGGAAGCGAUAUUAGGCGAUAUUGAGUUAUCCUUUCAGCGCAGCCUAUGCUUCACUAUUCACACCUAUUUGUCUGUCUUUUUGAAACUCAAUUUACCGAUGCAAUAUAAAAAUUAAAUUAUAUAUAAAUAAUGAUUACAAAAGUCAUAUUCUUUGCCCUGUAAAUAAAUAAAACAUGCAAAACUUUCUCUAUAAAGCUGGCCCCUUAAAAAAUGAUCGAGCCAAGAAUUCUUUUUUUUUUUCGCUUAAAAAAAAGUCAAUAAAUUUCUCCUUUGGUACUAGUCGAUAAAUUAGGCUGAUUAAAAGUGCCCGUUAUUGCCGUAUGAAUGUUAACCCUGCAAUUCAUACAGCUUAUUUGCACUUUUUAAAUUAUUGUCAUCCGGUAGGAUAAUCAAUACGAGAUCCAAAAACACUUAGAAGAACCGUCUGAACCGUCAGCGUUAUAUAUGGUUCCCCACAUUCAAAGUAAUUAUAUUCAUCGUUGACAGAGUGGAGAUUCUUCUGUUGAGACAACAUAUAACCGUGAUCAGGGCUACAACCUUAUUGCACGAACCAUACAUACUCGAUGAAGUUACAAUCAUUCUUGGAUAUAUUGUAGCUGUCUUGUCGUGCUGAAAUAAUUGCCUUCGACUUUUGCUUCACUGUUCGGUCAAAAACGUCGCCUGAAUACUUUUAAAAUUAAAGCGAAUUUCGGCACGCGGAAAACGAAACACGUAGGAAUUAGGAAAGUUGAUCCGGGUUAAGAAGCCCUCAUUAUGCAGAGUAGGGGAUCUGGGUUGAUUAUUGAACUGAUUAUCAACUACGGUUUUGUUAAGUUUCAGGUGAAAUUACGCUGUACAUAGCGUACUUUCAAAACCCUGAAAUACCGACCGGCUGUGUUAAUUGAUCGCCUCAAAGAACCUAUACCAAAGGCUUCCGAUCCCAAUUUUUACCUGAGAUCACUAGUUUGGCAUGCAACAAUCCCGUUAUCCUCUGCAUCACUUAAUGUCUUUUAAUUUUCUUCCAUUCGCAGCACUUCCUGCUCUGGGUCUUGAACAAUCAGAUUAUGUGAUAUACAACCGUUCCAACAAAGCCAUUUCAACGCAGCUGGAUAAGAUCAUUUUCAGAUUCAAAACAGCCAAACGGAAUGGUCUGCUCUUAGAGUGCGGCAACGGUCGAGACUAUUUUCUCAUCGAACUUUAUCGUGGUUUUAUUUUGUUACGCUGGAAUCUUGGAUUUGGUGAGUUAAACGUGCACGUGCGUGAAAAAGCGUGCGAUGAUAACGAAUGGCAUUCUGUUCGCGUUACAAGGAACCAGAACCAGCUUACUUUGACUCUUGAUGGAGCUCUACAGAUCUCACGACGUUUUCCUGGGAAAUUUAUUUCGUUUGACCUAAGACACGGGGAAGGGGAUAUCUUUAUUGGCGGCAUGCCCACAAGUCAUUUCCUUUCCAGCAGUCGUUCGUCGGGAAUAAACUUUGAAGGCUGUUUGCAAGAGAUCAAUUUUAACGGCGUAGAUAUUGUUCAAGGAGUUGUUAAUGGAGAAGAAGUCUACACACGGCAUGGACGCCCAAGAUCGACUUGUGAACGAGACCCGGAGCCAACAACGCUGAAAGUCACCACAGUAGAAUCUACAACAGCUGUAAGUAGCAGUCCCACUUCACAAAAACCAGCAGCAACCACGCAUGUUUCCACCCACGGCAGUUCACGAAUCCCCACGUCACAUGCGGGAAAUUCCGAGAUACCGUGCUCGGAUGACGAAGAUGAUUGUGAUUCCGACACUUUAGGAUCGGGUGAGAGGGCAGAGGUUUCGGGCGAAAAUCGUCAGUCGUCAGGCGAUAACACGAAAGAGAACAAUGUAACUAGCCCAAAUUUAGUAACCAACAACAGCGUCAAAAAGCCUGUUAAAAUUCUACCAACAAAAAAUUCCUCGGUAAAUUCCAAGACUGUACUCGUCGGAGAACCCGAUGUCAAUACCGGAAUAAAUUGCAUUGAAGACGACGAGGACAUGUGUGACGACGUUGGUGAAUCUGGUCAGGGGUCUGCUAACACAGGCUCUGCCGGAAGUGCGUCACUAACUUCUACCCGCGCACCAGUCCCCACCAGUAGCAAUCACACAAAGGGGGUUGUGCGUGCGAUUGUGAAGAAGGACAGCACUAGAAAAUGGGCGCUGAUCGCGGGCAUCAUUGUGGUUGGUACCCUUCUUGUCGCAUUUUGUAUCUUUGCCAUUUGGUGGCUAUGUAAACACAAGAAAGAUCCAAACUGGAACGGAACGCACAACGGCAGCAGAGAGAGAUGUUUGCAAGCAGAAAUGACAGACGUUUGAAAACAUUUUCACCUCAGCGUUAAGUCAGACUGUGGUUUGUACCGCGGAUUCUUUGUCGAUAAGACGUUGAUAUUAUUUAUGCAUCGCGAACACGUUAAAAAACAAACGAACAUACAAAAACAAAAACAGAAACAAAAAACUGCAUACAUAGACGAUCGAUACAGGUGAAAGCUAAGAAAAGGGAAAAUCGCCCAACCUCCCUCCAGGUAGGAGAGAGCCCUGGGAACGAGGUUGAAAAUCGCCUUAUGUACCAUUGUUAUCAUCCUCGGAGACCCAGGGGCAGAUAGUGGGGGCGAGGGAAAGUCUAAACGGGCGGAAAAAUAAGGCACGAAAAAAAGUAAAGAACGGCCAGAAGAGCCCCUGGGGACAAUGUCUUACCAGACCAGUUCCAAACGGUCGCCGUCUUUCUGGCUUCUGAUUGGUUUUCUGGCACCAAUCAGAAGCCAGAACGGCGGCGACCGUUUGGAACUGGUCUAGUAAGACAUUGUCCCCAGGGGCUAUUCUGGCCGUUCUUUACUUUUCUUCGUGCCUUAUUUUUACGCCCGUUUAGACUUUCCCUCGCCCCCACUAUCUGCCCCUGGGUCUCUGAGGAUGCAUUGUUAUAAAACAUCAGCGUCAAUCGUACAACAAAGAAUGGAUAUUAUCUAAUAAUGUGUCUUUAUCUUUUAUGGUUUCAUUAUUUUCCCGACAACCAGCAAUUAAAUAGGGUAUAUACUCAUAGAUUAAUUUUCAAAGGUAUUAUAAUGUAUAUGCAAAAGUUGCAAAAAUUGACAACGUCAAUCUACACCGAGUCACUGGUGAUAGUAUCACUUGGAUAAAGAAUCUCAUUUUUUGGAUUUUACAAUACCAAUUACUCAGCGUGCAGUUACGUAAGCUCUGGUCCCUCUGACGUUGCUUGUGUUGCUUAGUAACCGUAAGAGACUACCGCUUACCAUACUCGACUGAUUAACUUGUUAUAUCAUAACCUAAAUGAGCUGUUUAAGCUUUGUUGCGUUAUUGAAAAAACGUUUAUGUUAAAUUGGUAGGUAAUGCAGCGAUGACUGUAUUGCGUAGCGUAAGCUACAUUAGAGAGGUUAAGAAGUCACGUUUACGCCAAGGCAAACGUGAAUUUGUACCACGUUUGGACAAUUUUUAUCUGCUUAUUUUCUAUUCUGAGAAAUAAUUAACCU